AGUCGUCGAAGAAAGAGAGAGAGAGAGUGAAAAGAAAGCAACUUUUUCUAUCGAAUAAAAGUAAUUUCCAAAAUGCCUGCCCUGAACAACGGAGGCUUUCGACAACAGGGUUUUAACCACCACCAAAGMAGUUGGUUCUUGGGAGCUCCCGUCACGAAGCUUCUUUGCAUGUUAUGGGCUGCGGGAUCGUUUUGGGUCAUCAACAGCAAUGAGGAGGRCUUUCAGAGCAGCAGAGAUUAUGGUGACUCAAACACCAGUAUAUGGGGAUCGGUAGUCUUCAACGGACCCUCUAACUGGGUCUUUCAAUCCCCGACCGAAGUUAUCGUCGGAUUGUCCUUUUUGGCACACUACCUGAGGCGACUAGAACAAGAACUGUCCAGCCGGAGACUCAUCGCGUGGUUAGUGUUUUUGGAAGUCGCUUACGUAUUUGUGAGGAUCGUAGCUAUUGCAACCCUUGAUGACGAACUUUCGGGUGUCGUGCUCGGGGCGUCAUCCUCGUCUGCCUCUGCCAAGGGGCCUUACCUAGUAGCCGGGGGACUAUUGUAUUGGUACAAGGCAUUUGUCCCUAGAUUGUACCCCCGAUUCAUGACAAGCACGACGCUGGGCAUAGCGUGUAGCGAAAAGACUUUUCCGUAUCUGUGGGGUGCCUACGUUGUAUACAUGAGAGGAACCGCAAGUCUUCUGGUGUGCACGAUAGGAGGAUUGGUCAGCGCCUUAUACUUCUUUUUGUUGUUUGCAUCGACGAAUGGUCGUAGCGGAACCAGCUCUCUCUUCUUGGACGUUCCUGAUGCUAUUGUCAACCUGCUUCCAUGGGAAUCAAUAGGUAGUUUCUUUUUCGUGGAUCCGAGUCCAAAGAUAUACGCUCCCUUUAUGACGAUGAGAGCGUUGAUGAACAUGAACAUGCGAAACGGUGGCGGUGGUGGCCGACCUCGUCGCCAAAGAGCGGUACCGGCUGUUGCACAACCACAACGACAGCAACAGCAACRACGAGUAGCGGAACCACCGAUAGCAGUAGCCGAAGUGGCACCAUCCCCUGAAGCUGUCGCUCAACUCACUUCCAUGGGGUUCGAAGAAGCUCGCGUGAAAGAGGCGCUGCAGGCAUCCAACAACAAUUUAGAACAAGCAGCGAAUAUUUUGCUCAUGACAUCAUGAUCUCAAUACGUAUGUAUUAAUAAAAAUAAUAGAAGUACCAUUGAGUAACUUCUACCAUCUUGAAACUACAGAGUCUUUGUGUUCGGUAUGGGACGAGCGAAGGCAACCAAUUGAUUGGACUAUGACACGAAGUAGCAGCGACAGUGAAGUGUUUUGCARCUCAUAAAUUAUUCUCAAAGAC